AUGCCGCCAAGAACCAAGCGACCUCCCAACUACUUAGCAGUUGGGAGCAGUGAUCUAGUCCCGGCUAAGUUCGUGGAAAGCCUCAUAAAUCUUGCCACUUCUGCAAAUGAAUCUUUACAGCAGGCUCCUGAGCCUCCUGCCAAGCGUCGCAGGCUGGACACUUCUCUAUUAGUCGGAAAAGCUGUUUUCAGUGUAACUCGCCAGUGCACGGAGUCUUCACAGAAAACAGUUUCUUGCAAGGACAUCCAGCGUUAUAUGGAUGUUCGUGUGCGGCCCCUUGCGCUCAAUGUUUCAUCAACUGAAGAUUGCCCUGUUGACCCGAUCAACGCCACCAUCAAUCUCCGGAGACUGGAAGAAGACAACCAGUUGAAGAUCCUAACUGACUCCUACCGAGUCCAUAAGCGAGCACACCAGCCUAAUGCAAUAUGGCAAACGACAGACAUGAAACUUGAGUGGCGAGGAAAGCAGGUUAAACUGACGUUUUCGUACAACUUUCACUGGGCCGAAUCUUCAUCACCCUACUCAGACUUGAGAUCAUUAGAAGAGCGCAAGCAGAGUCAGAGGUUCAUCAACUUUAUAUUACGUGGUUCUGCCUUGACGGAUCCAGACAGAUCGCGCUGGUCCCCUAUGGUCUUUUACGACGCUGCUUUCGUACCCCCGAAAGAUGAUACAGUAGCAGAAACCAUCCAAAUCGAUGCCCUGGACUCGAAAUUGUUUCCAUAUCAAAAGAGGUCAUUGCAGUGGUUGCUACAGCGCGAAGGCGUACAGUGGUCCGAAGCAGACAGAGGCGUCGUACCAUAUGCCCCCAGCGAUCUGGAGAGGGCAUACGAUUUCCAAAAGCUCAGUGACCUGAAUGGGAACGAAUACUAUCUGAGUGAAGCAUUCCAUACUGUGACUACGGAUCUGACACUAUUUCGACAAGCGGAAAACUCAAUCAGAGGCGGUAUUCUAGCAGAAGAGAUGGGUUUAGGCAAGACCCUGGAAAUUCUUGGCUUAGUCGUGCUUCAUGAAAGAUCGCGACCUCUGAUCCAGAGCACUUAUGAGGCCGAAGCCAAACUCACGCCGACCGGCGCUACAUUGAUUGUGACCCCUGAAUCGUUGAAGGAUCAGUGGGCAUCUGAGAUUGCUCGCCAUGCCCCUGGCCUGAGUGUCAAAGUUUAUGAAGGCCGAAAAAAGAUUGUCGACGAGAAUGAGGAACGUAUCAUCAAUGAGCUCGCUGGCCAUGAUAUAAUCAUUACAACUUACUCGGUAUUGUCCUCCGAGAUCCACUAUGCAACUGCGCCCCCUGAGCGUUCGAGACGACACGCACGAGUGUACCACCGACCAACAUCUCCCCUGACCCAGAUUGCGUGGUGGCGAGUCUGUCUGGACGAAGCACAGAUGAUUGAGAACGGUUACAGCCAAGCGGCUAAAGUCGCUCGUGUCAUUCCUCGGGUCAACGCUUGGGGGAUCACCGGUACCCCCGUAAAGGAUCACAUCGACGAUCUCCAGGGCCUGCUACUUUUCUUGCAAUAUGAGCCACAUUGCUCUUCCACCAAUAUCUGGCGAGACCUCCCUAAGUCUUCCUUCCAGAGUCUAUUCAGAAGCAUCACUCUCCGGCACACAAAGUCAAUGGUCAGAGAUGAGUUACUUAUACCCGCGCAGAAGCGUUACGUGAUCAGCAUGCCCUUUACAGCUGUCGAAGAACAACACUACCAAUCUCUCUACCGACAGAUGGCGGAAGCCUGCGAAUUAAGCCUUGACGGAUCACCGCUUGUAGAUGAUUGGGAACCGGAUGAUUAUAAAGAAGAAAUGAAAAGUUGGUUGGUGCGACUAAGACAGACGGCACUUCACCCUGAGAUUGGGAGCUCUAAUCGCCGAGCACUUGGUUCCAGCAAGAAUCGUCCUAUGAGGACUGUCGAUGAAGUUCUGGAUGCAAUGAUUGAACAGAGCCACACCGCAAUUCGAACGGACGAAAGAGCUUACUUGUCAAGUCGACUUACACGAGGCCAAUUGUACGAAAACAGCCCACGAGUGAAAGAGGCCUUGGAAAUUUGGACAUCAGUUCGAGAGCAGACCCGAAAGCUCGUUUCCGAUGCCCGAGCUGAAAUUGAAAAUCUACUCAAAGCCCAACCAGGCGGAAAGACCAAGAGCGCCAAUAGCGAUGAGCUUGAUAUUGAUUCUGACGAUGAGACUGAACUCGAGGGCAAAGGUCAGUUGACUGAAAGUCGACGACAACUUCGAUCAGCAUUGGAAAUUGAUCAUAAAGCCGUCUUUUUCUGCGCGAAUGCUCAUUUCCAAAUCCGAGAGAACCCAGAAAUGACUGAGCCAGAUUCCGAAGGUUUUCAUCGGAUAAAGAAGCUCGAGGAGGAUGGAUAUGAAGAAGCGAAAGUCAUCCGAAGAGAGAUUCUACGCGAUCCUCACCGCAAAGCAACCCGGCCUAUGGCGAAGCUAGCACAAAAAGCAUCUGAUCAAUCUUUUGUCGAAAUUCCGGAACUCACGCUGAGCGAAGUACGAGGCAUCGAAAGUGGUCCCAUUCUGGACGAUUUGGAGGCAUUGUAUGGUGAACUCAACGAUCAAGCCAAUUUGAUCGACGAGUGGAGGGAACAUAUUGUUGGGCUCCUCUUAAAACCCCUGGUUGAUGAAGAAGGCGACGAUGAGACAACUGGAGAAGAAUAUGGCGAAUCAGCCAGGAUCCAGGACGAACUUAUGGUCUAUGUUCAAGCUCUCAGAGCGGCCGUCACCGAUCGCCAGGACGCCCUCACUGGACAAAACAACGAGCUGAUCUCACAUGAGACCAAGACCUCGUUGAGAUUAGCAGCAAAUGGCGAGGGGCCUGCUCCAGAGAAGCUGAUCGAGCUUAUGACAUUGCGAAACCAGACAAAACCAAGAACGACAUCAAUGAGAAAGGUCAUAAGCGAAUUCAGGACUUUGACCUCAAAACUCUCCAAAGAUACAAAACGAGACAGCAUGGAGCGCAGGAUCGUAGAUCAACAGCUCAAAGCGACUCAGGCAAAUCUAAACGCACAGAGCAAGCUAGCUCUCGAAGCCGAGAUCGACAAUUUCACGACUAUUAUGAACCAACGGUUGGAGUAUUACCGCCAACUGCAAGUAGUUUCUGACAGUGUUCUCCCUUACGAGGGCUCUACAACCCCCAAAGUUGAAAAGCAGAUGCAGACAAGUGAGGAUACACUUCGCCAGAAGCUUUCUGCAGCGGAAGCCAAGCACAGAUAUCUCCUUCAUCUCAAGGAAACAGGCAACAAAUCCAGCGAGCCACGGAUGUGUGUUAUCUGUCAGACUCCGUUUACGGUUGGUGUCCUGACCGUAUGUGGCCAUCAAUUCUGCAAAGAAUGCAUGAUGUUAUGGUUCAAAGCGCAUCAUAACUGUCCCGUAUGCAAGAAAGAGCUGAAGACUUCUAACCUACACGAUAUCACCUUCAGCCCACAGCAGCUCCAAGUCCACAGUGACAAUCCGGAUCAGGCACAUGAUGACACCGAAAAGAGCCCGCAACAAAACUUGACCGGAGUGCUGAAGAAGACGGGAAUUUACUCUGAAUUUAAUUCAGACAAGCUAGCUGAGAUCCAGAACAUUGAGUUGGAUGGGCCGUCUUUCACUACCAAAGUCGAUACACUUGUUAAACAUCUAAUGUGGCUACGAGAAUCAGAUCCUGGAGCGAAAUCAAUUGUCUUUUCCCAGUACAAGGGAUUUCUAGAGAUUCUGAAGAAUGCUUUCUCGCGAUUUGGUAUUGGGCAUACGUCCAUUGACGACUCGGGAGGCAUCAAACGUUUCAAAGAGGAUGCCUCAGUCGAGUGCUUCCUCCUCCAUGCCAGAGCCCACUCCAGUGGCCUCAACCUCGUCAACGCAAGUCACGUCUUUCUUUGCGAGCCUCUCCUCAAUACGGCGCUUGAGCUUCAGGCCAUUGCACGUGUGAACCGAAUUGGUCAAAUGCACGAGACAACAGUGUGGCUUUACCUGGUAUCUGGCACAGUUGAGGAGUCAAUUUACAACCUCUCAGUACAGAGGCGAAUGGAACACAUGGGUCGUGGCAAUAAAGGCAAAUCGAAGGAGUCGACCCCGGAACUGCUCGAUGCCAAUAUCGAAGCGGCCAACACACUCGAGCUUGAGCAAGCGUCUCUUUCCCGCUUGAUGAGCAAGGACAAAUCGGCAGGCGAGAAUGUAGGAGAGAACGAUUUAUGGGAAUGCCUCUUCGGACAUGUUGCUCAUGGAGACAAAGAACCUGAGAAAGAUACCCGACUUCAGGAGAAUGCAGUCAUGAGUUAUCUGGCGGCGGAGGCAGCUGAUGAGAGGAACGGCUCUGCGAGCUAG